CCCUGGCCCGCUCUGGUCCCCACAACGUCCCCGUCAGUGUCUCUCCCGCCGGGCCCUCGCCGGGGGUCCCCAGUCACUGCUCGCUCAUGAGACCUCUCCGGACAUCUGCCCCAUUAACGCCCCCGUGCAGGACGGCUGCCAAAGCGCCCUCGUUAGUGGCGAUCCGUUAAACUGCUGCCAGGGCCCCCCACUAAUGCUUUCUCGGAGGAUCGCUUGUGCAUAAUCCCCCGUCAUUGCUUCCUCCAGGACAGCCCCCGAGAUGCCACCAGCAUUGCCCUCCCUCAUGGAGGGCAGCUGCCCGUGAGCCCUCCAUUAGUACUGCCUAUAGGCUGCCUCCAGAGUGUCGCCUUAGUGCUGUGCUGCAGGACUGCCCCUCUUAUCUCUGUGCACACACAGCAGCCCCCAGACGUCCUACACGCCCCGCCCGCCUCCUCCUGGUGUAAAAAUACUUCUGUGCUGGUCCGCAGCCCAGAAUGCCUUUUUGUCCUUCUGCACCCUCCCCACCCGCCGUGGUUCUCGGGAAUACCCCUUUCCACCGCCCCUCGACCCCCCUGUAGAACAGCUCCCUCUAGAGUUCUGCUCUCACACCCACAUCCUCUCCCCCUUCAGGUAGAAAUCGCUGCCUGUUUAGCUCCAGGCUCCAAUGAAAUACUUGUGCCCCGCCUCCCUCCCCUCCCCCACCGGGAGCAGCCCCUGUCUUCAGUCCUUCCGCAGAACAGUGCCCCACCGUGAGGCUGUCCCUCAGGCUGCACCUCUUUCCCUGGCCCUAAGCCCUCUCCGCCUGCCACCUCUCACCCAGCUCCAUUUCAUCUUCCUGGACACCCCAGAGGAGACCCCCAGCCUCACUAUGGCCUGACCUCUUCUCUUCCCUAGGCAUGCAUGCAUGCAUUCAUUCAUUCAUUCAUUCAUUUAGUGUUCUAAGUACAGGGCAUACACAGGUGAAGGAGAGAGAUACACCCAGUCUUUCAUUUUGUGGGUUUUACAGUCUAGUUGAGGAGAGAGUUCAAAAACAAGUGACUAGGAAAAAUGCUGCUUUCUGGGUUCUCCCAGAGCCUGAUGGGCUGCUUCAGAGAUGAAUCCUGAAUUAGCAGAGGUAACUUAGCCAUGUAAAGAUAUGGGUGGACUGUUUCAGGCAGAGAGAAUAGCAAGUGCAAAGGCCCUGAGGUGGCCAUGAUCAUGGUGAGUGGAAGAGCACCAGGGGAGGCCAGUGAGGUUGGGGCAGAGAAAUUGAAGAGAAGAAAAAGGGGACAGAGAAUUUGAUCUCACAGGGCCUCGGGGGUGAGGGUGUUAUGAUCAAAUAUCUGGCCUUUGUCAGCUCUACCAAGCCCAAAAUGUUCUUCAUUUGUUCAUUCAUUCAUUUGUUCAACAAGUGUUUGAUGAGGACCUGUUGCACGCUAGGGAUGCGGUAGAGAACAGAAUAGACAAAACCCCCUGCCCUCGUGGAGUGCCUAUGCUAGUUCAUGGGACAAUUAAAAAACAAAAUACCCUGUGUGAAGAAAAUACAGCAGGAUCAGGGUAUGGUUACAAGGGAGAAGGCAAGAAGGCCUCCUUCAAAAGAUUCCCAUUGUCAUCUUGUUGCUCCAAAACACCACACACCAAAAACUUACAGCUGUGUGCGAACCUUGUCCCUCCUGGACAACUGUGGCCAAGCGGGGGCUGCUCUUACUAGCUCCCCCCAAGAGUGAAGUGGUUAAGAGGGUGAGUCCUGCAUUCUUCCAGUGUUCACAUCUCUGAACAGACCACUCCCUCUUUUCCUAGCCCCAUUCAUUCACUUAUUUCACAUAUAUUUUCAGAGACAGGCACUGUUCUAGGUUCUGGGAUAGAACAGUGAACAAAACAGAUAAAAACCCUUGCCUGUAUGGAACCUACCUUCUUGAGGGGGAGGCCGGCAACAAGACAAGCAGAAUAUGUGGUUUAUUAGGUGAUGCUGACAGGGAAGCACAGAAAUGAAGCAGGCUGGGAAGAGCAGGAACGUUGGUCUGGAUGACAGGUUACAGUGGUCAUAGAGAGCCUCACCAAGGAGAGAGCAUUUGAGCAGAGACAUGAAGGAGGUGAGGGGGAGAGAGAAGUGUAUAGAUAACAAUCAGAGCAUUCCAGGCAGAAGCAACAGCCCAUGCAAGGGCCCUGGGGCAGGAAUGUUGGCACAUUGGAGGAGCAGCCCGGUGGCCGUGGAGGCUAUGCAGGUCAUCAUAAAGACUUUGACUUUAAGUGAGAUGGGUGUCACUGCACGGUUUGAGCAGAGGAGGGACAUGGUUUGGCCUUAGUCAUCCUGUCUAUUAAAUGAGACUAAUAGCAGUGCUUAUCUUAUGAACCUGUUACGAAGUUUGAUUGAGACAAGCCACAUAAGGCACCUAGUAACUGUGCUUAUUAGUGUUCAGUAAAUGCUGGUGGCUAGCUCUAGGGCCAGGUGGCACGGAAGCGGGGUGAAGUAUAUUUCUAGUAUAAGGCGGAGUGGGGCCUUCCUUAUUUUGGAGAGCGAAUAUUGAAGGACAGCAUGCCGUCGUGAGUAACGCACUGUGGAGCCCCACUGCCCUCCUUCAAUUCCUUGCUCCACUACAGCCUGUUACUGUUGUGACCUCAGGAGAUUAGUUGAUCUCUCUAGCCCUCAGUCUCUUCCUCUGUAAAACAGAGUUAAUAACGGUAACCAUCCUCUUGAGUUAACAGGAAGACUUGUUGAGUCAACACACGUAAAGGGUUUAGAAGAGCACUUGGCCUGAAGAAAGCACUUCACAUUACGUGUUACUCUGUGUCACUGUUACUGUUAUUAACAGACUAGACUUUCAUCACAAGUCAACUCUGGUGCAACAGAAUGGCCCACCAGUCCUGGUAUCGGAGAGACCUGGAAUCCAAUACCUGCUUUCCCCUUUACUGGUUACGUGACCUUGGGGAAAUGACCCCCCCCUCAGUUUCCCCAGUUAUGAAGCGGGACCAAUAGCAGUGCAGGACCACUGUGAGGCAUCGGGGUGAUGCCACAGCUCAGACCGAUUGAACAAUAAACAUGGCUGUUAGGAUUAUGACUCCUGCCCUGGGGAGGGCCUCCCCCCAUCAUGCCACUCUCCACACGAAACCCUCCCAUGAUAUGUCUCUCCUUAGAAAGACACUAAUUUAAGGCUUGGAAAGAGGAAAGGCCUCCUGUUUCCUCGUGGAAAGGCUGUGAGCCUGAUCAGUUCUGCCCCCCAGGACUACUCCCUGCUCCUCAGGGCAGCAGCUCUUCAGCGUUCUCCUACUCGCCCUUGGGUCAGUCGCUCCUUAUAACAUCACUGCCCUUUAAAUUCCCUUUUCUGGGGGCCCCCUCCCCCAUGUCAAUUCCACCUCUGCUAAAUGUCCCCCUCCCUCCCUCAGGGAGUUCUGGAUAGCUCAGUCUCAUCCCUUUGCUCAUUCAACAAAUAUUUAUAAGUGUAGGCUAUCAGUUUACCUCUGAGCCCUACUUUAGCUGCAUCUUCACUAAGUUUUGGUAGGUUGUGAUUUCACUUUUAUUCAUCUGGGGUUCCUUGAGAUUUCUUCAUGGACCCACUGGCGAUUUAAGAGUGUGUUUAAUUCCCACGUAUCAGCAAAUCCUUAACCAAGCAACCACACUGUACUGGGUGCUGUGCUCGGUGCUGGGGGGGGCCACAGCGGCAAACAAGACAGGCCAAAUCCCCAUCCUCUUAGGUAAACACAUGGUGAAGGAAAUACAUGCAGCAAGUCAUGGAAGUGACAGUGGUGAAAAAUGCAGCAAGACGAGGGGUUAGGGAGGACAGGGUGGGCAUGACAUCUGAGCAGAGACCCGAAGCAGGCACAGGACGGAGGCUUGACGUCGGAGAACAUUCUCACCACAUCACUGCUGCAUCCGUUCGAGAUGGUGACCCCCUUCCUCUCCCACCCAGCCCCUGGCAUGACCCCCCAUAACCUAGAGAACACCCCCAAAUAAGGCUCCUGCCCCCACAGUUCCACCCCACCUUUGUCCACCUUAGAGAGCAACCUGGUAAAACAACCCUGUGCGGGGAGGGGGUGGGCUGAGCCACAGGCUUGCUCUGUGACCAAGUCACUUGACUUCUCUGUGCUUUUGUUUUGUCAGAUGGGGAUAAUGGUAGUUCCUAUGUCAUAGUCUCAUAGAUUUGUGGGGAUUGAGUUAACAUAUGUAAUGGGCUUGGAACAUCAGGCCUGUAGGAAAUGCCCAGGCAAAUUGUUGUUAUUAAUAUGUACUCUGACAGAGGUGAGCCAGGGCGGUGGCUUCUUCCCUAAGACACUCGCCUCCCAACCGCCUCAAUUCUACCAUGUGCUUCUUUCUGCCCACCCGGCUCACUCUAGCCUGGUCUCCCAGAUUUAGGUGUCACCUACAGGCUUCCACUACCACUCCAGCCAUGCCUUUGUUCCUUCUGGAGAUCAGAUGAACUAGAGGGGGUGUGAAGGGCAUAGGAUGUUGAAUCUCAUCCAAGGACACCCAGAGCUAGAGACUAAAAAUAUCGGCCUCUUGGCGAGGGGAGUGGAGGGGACACCUUUCACCUGUGGGGGGGAGAGAGCCAGCUGGAUGGAUGGGGGCUGAUGGGCCCUGGCCUUGGUAGUCACCACUGACCCCUUCCGUGGGCUGGGCAUAGAGCCAGACCCCCAGGGGCCAGGGAUUAUGGCCAAGAAGCAUGCCACACCUCGGGGGCUCUUCUCUCUACUGGCUCUGCACCGACUUGGUGGGGGCAUUUCCACAGCCCCCUGGGUGGCUCAGGUUCAGAAAUUAAUUGUAGGAGCUGAGCUUCAGGUGGGAGUAGGGGGUCCAGACAUGGACAGCUGCCAUCUGGAAUGAAAAGUACUAUAAAGGAGGGGUGCCCAGAGGAUGACUGCCAUGGCAGGGCCGAGGACAGGAACUGCACUCCCUGGGCAGCUGCUCGCUGGUCGGGCUCCUCCCAGGUGUGUGAUGACCUGAAGGUACAGAUGGUCCUGGGGACUGAAAGCUCUGCCAGGUCUCCGUCGCCCACCCCGCCCGAGAUGGAGGCAAACGCAGCAGGCAGUGCGGCCGGGGGUGGUGGGGGCAGCGGCAUAGGGGGCGAGGACGGGGUUCACUUCCAGAGCUACCCCUUCGACUUUCUGGAGUUCCUCAACCACCAGCGCUUUGAGCCCAUGGAACUCUAUGGGGAGCACGCCAAGGCGGUGGCCGCGCUGCCCUGCGCCCCCGGGCCGCCGCCCCAGCCCCCACCCCAGCCUCCUCCGCCCCAGUACGACUACCCGCCCCAGUCCACCUUCAAACCCAAGGCGGAGGCGCCGUCCUCGUCGUCGUCCUCGUCGUCGUCCUCGUCGUCGUCCUCUUCAUCCUCUUCCUCCCAGGCCAAGAAGCCCGACCCGCCCCUGCCGCCGCCUCCACCCCCCCUAUUUGAUGCUGCCUUCCCCGCCCCGCAGUGGGGCAUCGUCGACCUCUCUGGACACCAGCACCUUUUUGGGAACCUGAAACGCGGAGGGCCCGCAUCCGGGCCGGGGGUGACGCCGGCGCUGGCGUCCCCCACUGGGACCCCGGGGCCGCUUCCCGCCCCCUCCCAGACCCCGCCCGGACCUGCCGCGGGGGCGGCCUGCGACCCCAGCAAGGACGACAAGGGCUACUUCCGCAGGCUGAAGUACCUGAUGGAGCGGCGCUUCCCCUGCGGCGUGUGCCAGAAGUCCUUCAAGCAGUCCUCGCACCUGGUCCAGCACAUGCUGGUGCACUCGGGGGAGCGGCCGUACGAGUGCGGCGUCUGCGGCCGCACCUACAACCACGUGUCCAGCCUCAUCCGCCACCGCCGCUGCCACAAGGACGUGCCGCCCGCCGCCGGGGCCCCCGCCGGGGUGGGCGUCCCCCCUCCCGCGGCGGGGGGCGGCGAGGGCCCGUUUGCCUGCCCGCUCUGCUGGAAGGUCUUCAAGAAGCCCAGCCACCUCCACCAGCACCAGAUCAUCCACACCGGCGAGAAGCCCUUCUCCUGCUCGGUGUGCAGCAAGAGCUUCAACCGCAGGGAGAGCCUCAAGCGGCAUGUGAAGACGCACUCGGCGGACCUCCUGCGCCUGCCGUGCGGCGUCUGCGGGAAGGCCUUCCGCGACGCCGCCUACCUGCUCAAGCACCAGGCGGCGCACGCGGGCGCAGGCGCGGCGGGGCCUCGGCCUGUGUACCCCUGCGACCUGUGUGGCAAGUCCUACUCCGCACCCCAGAGCCUGCUCCGGCACAAGGCCGCGCACGCCCCACCCGCCGCCCCCGACGCGCCCAAGGACGUGGGGGCCUCCGUCCCGCAGCCCCCGCCCGCCUUCCCUGCGGGCCCCUACCUCCUGCCCCCUGACCCUCCGGCCACAGAUAGCGAGAAGGCCGCGGCCGCCGCGGCGGCAGUGGUCUACGGCGCCGUGCCCGUCCCGCUGCUGGGGGCCCACCCGCUGCUGCUUGGCGGGGCCGGGACCAGCGGGGCCGGGGGCUCCAGCGCCAGCGUCCCUGGAAAGACGUUCUGCUGUGGCAUCUGCGGGCGGGGCUUCGGGCGGCGCGAGACUCUGAAGCGCCACGAGCGCAUCCACACCGGCGAGAAGCCCCACCAGUGUCCCGUGUGCGGGAAGCGCUUCCGGGAGUCCUUCCACCUGAGCAAGCACCACGUGGUGCACACCCGCGAGCGGCCCUACAAGUGUGAGCUCUGCGGCAAAGUCUUCGGCUACCCACAGAGCCUCACCCGCCACCGCCAGGUGCACCGCCUCCAGCUGCCCUGCGCCCUGGCCGGGGCUGCCGGCCUCCCGGCCACCCAGGGCGCGCCAGGGGCCUGCGGGCCGGGCGCCUCGGCCUCUUCUGCGGGGGCCGCGGAUGCACUGAGCUACGCCUGCUCGGACUGCGGCGAGCACUUCCCCGAUCUCUUCCACGUGAUGAGCCACAAGGAGGCUCACAUGGCGGAGAAGCCCUACGGCUGUGAUGCGUGCGGCAAGACCUUCGGCUUCAUCGAGAAUCUCAUGUGGCACAAGCUAGUCCACCAGGCAGCCCCCGAGCGCCUGCUCCCGCCCGCCCCCGGCGGCCCCCAGACCCAGGAUGGCUCCAGCAGCGCCGACGCGGCCGGUGUGCUGGACAACGGGUUGGCGGGAGAGGUGGGGGCGGCUGUGGCAGCGCUGGCAGGGGUGUCCGGGGGUGAUGACGCCAGCGGGACGGCGGUGGCUGGGGGCGGUGGGGGUGCCAGUUCAGGUCCUGAGCGUUUCAGCUGUGCCACGUGUGGCCAGAGCUUCAAGCAUUUCCUGGGCCUGGUGACUCACAAGUACGUGCACCUGGUGCGGCGGACCCUAGGCUGUGGCCUCUGCGGCCAGAGCUUCGCUGGGGCCUACGACCUGCUCCUGCACCGCCGCAGCCACCGGCAGAAGCGGGGCUUCCGCUGCCCAGUGUGCGGCAAGCGCUUCUGGGAGGCAGCCCUGCUGAUGCGCCACCAGCGCUGCCACACCGAGCAGCGGCCCUACCGGUGCGGGGUGUGCGGUCGAGGCUUCCUGCGCUCCUGGUACCUGCGGCAGCACCGCGUGGUGCACACCGGCGAGCGCGCCUUCAAGUGCGGCGUGUGCGCCAAGCGCUUCGCGCAGUCCUCCAGCCUGGCGGAGCACCGGCGGCUGCACGCCGUGGCCCGGCCCCAGCGCUGCGGCGCCUGCGGCAAGACCUUCCGCUACCGCUCCAACCUGCUGGAGCACCAGCGGCUGCACCUGGGGGAGCGCGCCUACCGCUGCGAGCACUGCGGGAAGGGCUUCUUCUACCUGAGCUCCGUGCUGCGCCACCAGCGCGCGCACGAGCCGCCGCGGCCCGAGCUCCGCUGCCCGGCCUGCCUCAAGGCCUUCAAGGACCCCGGCUACUUCCGUAAGCACCUGGCGGCGCACCAGGGCGGCCGGCCCUUCCGCUGCUCCUCCUGCGGCGAGGGCUUCGCCAACACCUACGGCCUCAAGAAACACCGCCUGGCUCAUAAAGCCGAGGGUCUCGGGGGUCCUGGGCCGGGGGCGGGCACCUUGGCGGGAAAGGACGCCUGACAGGGAGGGGCGUCCCCUUGCGCACUCACCCGUCCCCAGUUGCUGAUCAGACUCUUACCCCUCCUCGCUGUUGCCCCAGCCAUCCUUCAGGACUCCAGACAGACUAGUCUCCUUUAAGGCCCAUGCCCUACAGACUCAAGACUGGAUCACUCCCAUCCCGGACCUCUCUGGUCCUCGUCUCAUCCUGCCAGCCACUGAACUUGAUCCUCCGUCCAGUCCCGUUUUGUAACCUUCAUCAGCGCCCCCCCCCCCCCGCAGCAUUCUGUCCCCCAGUGAGCUUUUGUGGAGGAUGUGGGUCUGAACUGCCCCUCCCCAUUCCUUUGGGAUCUGGCUGGGAAGUGGAGUAUAAGUGGAGUUGGGAGGGCACAAGGGGACUGGGUGCUCUUUUGGAUUGUGGGGUGGGGGCGGGGUGGCAGACGCGGCUUGUACAGAGCGGAGAAUAAUAAAUCUUACCACAGGG